AAACCUCCUUCUUCCUGUGAAACCUCUCACCUCCCACUCCUUCCACUUGGAUGAUAGUCCUUGUGUCUUUGGCCUGUCUGAUUCUUCCCUCCCAUCCCCAACCCUUGCCCCUUUCACUUGCCUCGUCCCCACCUGUCCUUCACAUCCCAUCGAAUGGAUGAAACCUUCCUUCCAAGGCGGAAUUAGGAUGACUUCAAGCCAGCUGUGGUGAGGAGUAGCUGUAAUCCCAGCUACUCAGGAAGCAAAGAAAUUCAGCUGGCAGCCGAAGGCAGGAACCCUGGCACCCCGCGCCCCCUCAUCUCCUCGGGAAUGAAGGUCAUCGCCAUUCUCAUUGUCUUCGCCUCCUGCUGGCCUGCUCCCGCCCCGGGCAGCUUCUGGCAGUUCCAGAGGAUGGUGAAGCACAUCACGGGCCGCAGUGCCUUCUUCUCCUAUUACGGAUAUGGCUGCUACUGUGGACUUGGGGGCAAAGGGAUCCCCGUGGACGACACUGACAGGUGCUGCCGGGCACACGACUGCUGCUACCAGAAGCUGAAGGAGCUGGGCUGCCAGCCCCUGCUGAACUCCUACCAAUUCUACAUCGCCAACGGGACUGUGGCCUGUCGAUGCACCGUGGGGCUCGGCAGCAGCUGCUUCUGCGGGCUGCAGGCCUGUGAGUGCGACAAGCAAUCGGUGUACUGCUUCAAAGACAGCCUGCCCACCUACGAGAGAAACUUCAAGCAGUUCUACUCCGGCCACCCCCAGUGCAGAAGGCGCAAGCGGGAGUGCUAGCGGCCGCCGCCCUCCGUCACGCGAGCGUGGCCCUCCCCUCACACGGCCGCCAGGCCCGCGAGGUGAGAAACGAGGACUCCCUGUAUGGUGGACCGAGAGGACCAGGAAACAAGGGGGACAGACAGAGGUGUCCCCAACCCCCUCCCAGGCAGAUUCGGGAGGGGAGAGGCCCCGAAUGCACCCCUAUCUCGCCUACAGCUCACCCCCACCCCACUCCCAAUCAGGGUACAGGGUUGACCGAGAAUGUAGAUCCAUAACCCAGAUCUGGCGGAGAGCGAAGUGGUGAGGUGAGCAGACAGGGUCCCAAGCGUCCCCCCCCCCCCACCCCACCCCGGGCGUGGGGCCCGCUGGGGCCCUCAGGCAGGAGAGCUGUGCUGUGUGGCAUCCCAGGAGUCAGGGCACCACGAGGCCCCCGGCACCCACCCCUGCCUGGUCAGGGGUAAGAGAUGUCAAGGAAUGGGGGGAGGGGAGAGACACAGCAGAUCGGAGGGGCCCCAAACCCCGCCCAUAUGUAAGAACCUCUCAGUCCACCAGAUAGAUGUCCAUUUUAAUAAA